AAAAGCAAGUGGGAGGGGUUGCUCCCACACGCAGUCGGCGGUGUUUGCUUCCCCGCCCCCCUCCUAAUCAGGUGGUAGGGAGAUGUUGCACGUGGUGUUCCCGGUGGGGCGCUCGCCGACGUUUUGACGCUCUGGAUGACAUUGGGACAGACCCUGGAGGGUAAGGAUGUGGGCCCCAGUGGCCGGGCUUCCUCCGCGGCUGACGCUGUCAGCCAGUUCCGGCGCUGGUCGUUUUUGCAUUCGGAGGUCGGGAACGGCGCGGUGGAAGGACGUCCCGGCGAGGAACCGCCGCGGUUUGUCUGACUUCCAGCCGCAGCUAUUGCCUAGUCAGGAUUUCAGAGAAUUGCCCUCGCGGGCGUCCAAGUGCGGCUUAGAGUCCAAGCGUUACCUAACCAGUCCGAGACUGGCUGAGACCGUGGUGCAGUUCCUGCUGAAGGAAGAAGACCCUUGCAAGCUCAUCCUGGAAUGCAAUCCUGGUCCUGGAGUCCUGACUCAAGCAUUACUUCAAGGAGGUGCCAGAGUGAUUGCCCUUGAAAGUGACAAAACUUUUGUUCCACAUUUGGAGUCCCUAGGGAAAAAGCUGGGUGGGAAACUACACGUGGUCCACUGUGACUUCUUUAAACUGGAUCCUAGAAGUUUUGGAAUAGUAAAACCUACCGUGGACUCCCGGGUGCUUCUUCGGAAUUUGGCAAUAGAAACACUUCCUUGGUCAAAAGGUAUCCCUUUAAAAGUAGUUGGAAUCUUCCCAACUAAAAAUGAGAAAAAGAUGAUUUGGAAAUUUUUACAUGACAUAUAUUCCUGUACUUCUCUGUAUAGAUAUGGACGAGUAGAGCUAAAUUUUUUCGUUAAGGAAGUGGAUUGCCAGAAGAUAAUGGCAAAUCCUCAGAAUCGAAACCUGUACCAAGCGUUAAGUGUCCUGUGGCAAGUAGCUUGUGAGAUUAAUCUGCUGCAUACGGAGCCUUGGUCCUCAUUUGAUAAAUACACGCGCAGUGGGCACCGGGAAAAGCCAGACUGUAGGGAGUCGUUAGAACAACAAACACAACAAAACCUAUGUCUUGUUCAAUUCACUCCUCGUAGAAAUUUAUUUACACAAAAUUUAACACCUGUUAACUAUGAUGUAUUUUUUCACAUGUUAAAGCAGUGUUUUUUGAAGCGCAAUGCCAAGCUAAUAGACCACUUACAUUCAUUGAGUCUAGUGGAUGCAACGGAUAUAUUGAAGAAAAUGAGACAAAAAGGAACAACAAAAAUAACAGAUAUGUAUCCUGCAGACUUUAAACGCCUUUUUGAAACUGUAGAAUGUUCCAAAGAGUACUCCUGUAAGUGGCUGUACGAUGACUUUAUGGAAGAUGUGGUCAUAUAGGGAGCGGGACUGCCCGGACAGGAGCCGGGCCCUUCAGUUUAUGUGGAAAUGAUGACACAAGGGAAAAUGAGCGCAGGUUGAAAAGCUCACAUCCUUUCACCUGAAGGUAACUGUUCGUGUUUUGCACAAACAAGGCAGAUUAUUUCUUCGGAAGUUGAUACCAUUAGGACGUUGGAUAAAACAAUGGCUGCUAUUUUAUUCACAGCAGAAUAAAAUAAUAACUUCCCUUAAUUGUGGAUUUGAUCAGCUUAGAUUUGUUUUAUUUUAAAUGCCUAUCUACUGUCAACAUACUAGUAGUGGUAUGGAAUUGCCAGGUGAAAUUUAGUCUUAAAAAUCCUUUUAGCUAAAUAAUUACAUUGUAUUAAUUUAAAUAUUCCAUUUUUGAUGUUGAUUUUUGCAUCCUCUGGGGAGCAAAGGGUUUAUACAGUUUUAAGCUUAGAAAGUAAAUAACUUUACUUUCUCAUUUAAGUGGUUUGUUUUACUUUUCGGUUUGUCGAAAGUAUUAAGAAAUACUGUGCAAUGAAAUAAAUUUUAUUAUGGUUUAAACUUUGUAGAAAUUAAAAUAUUUUAAGUAA